AUGGAGUGGUCUACUCUAGAACUGAAUUUAAUUUCGUGCAGAGAUCUGAAAGCCUUUAAUUUAUUCCAGAAGCUCUCAGUCUAUGCAGCAGUCUCCAUUUUUAAUGAUGAAGAAACUAAGGAACAAGAGCUGCAAAAGAGUCCGGUAGACGAAGAAGGAGGUAGGCACCCGGAAUGGAAUUACACGAUGCAGUUUGAUCUCAAAGCUGUCUCACUUGCUGAUCAUCUUUUUCUCAAGUUCAAAUUGCGAUGUGCCGGUGUUGUAUUUGGCAACCGAACUGUGGGAGAAGUGCGUGUUCCAUUGAAGGAUUUGAUGGACGAUGAGUUGAACAGCAGCGUCAGGUUUGUAAGCUACCAGGUUCGAAGUGGUGAGGGGAAGCCUAAGGGAGUGUUGAACUUCUCAUACAGGUUCAGAGGGAAGGAAACUGAUUGUCCGAGAGCAGAUAAAGUUACGGAAGGUGAUGAUGUCCGGCUGCAAGAGAAGAAGAGCUUGUAUCCUUCACUGGAUGAUAUCCGCUCUUCUUCACCACCAAAGAAGGCGCCUUCUCAAGAGUCUUUCUAUCCUAAACUAGAUUUUUACCCACCGCAAUUCCCAGCCUUUGUAGUUAAUCAUGGGGAAUACCAUCCUCCUCCAUCUCCAUCGCCAUUCUUACAAAAUCCAGCAGGACUGCAUUGGUAA